GCCGCCACGCGGGAAGGGAGGGAGCCAGCCCCGAGACUGCAUCAUUCCGCACCGGCUGCUGCAGGGCCAGAGGGAGCAGGUGGAACGAGCGAGCGAGCGAGCCGGAGCGCGCCAGACCCAGGGCGAGACUGCAGUGACGCGGCCCCGGAGACAUGGCGGCCGGGCGUCUCUGAAUAAGCAGAAUCCGGAGCCCCUCGCCGCUCGCCGCCCCCGGCCGCCGCAGCCCGGGCCAUGCCGCACGGCUGCUGACAGCACGCAGGGGCCGGCCCCGAGGACACAUGCGGCGGCCUUUGCCGCCUCGCUCCUGACCCUCUGCCCUGUUCUCCAUGUUGCAUUUCUCGUCAGUUUCUCGGGCGGUGUAGCUGCCGCUGCCACCAGAGCCGGCGGGGCAUCGCGCUGCUCAUUCAUCCAGCGUACUUUCUUUUCCAUUUCCACCCCUCCCUUCCCAUUUCCUUCUCCCUUUCCCCGCCAGCUUUGCAUCCAUCUCCCCUACCCCGUCAUCCCCUCCUGCUUCCACCCACCGGGGCUAUGGCCGCAGAAGAGGUAUUGCAGACGGUGGACCAUUAUAAGACUGAAAUAGAGAGGCUGACCAAGGAGCUCACGGAGACCACCCACGAGAAGAUCCAGGCUGCCGAGUAUGGGCUGGUGGUGCUGGAGGAGAAGCUGACCCUCAAACAGCAGUAUGACGAGCUGGAGGCUGAGUACGACAGCCUCAAACAGGAGCUGGAGCAGCUCAAAGAGGCAUUUGGGCAGUCCUUCUCCAUCCACCGGAAGGUUGCUGAAGAUGGAGAGACUCGGGAGGAAACACUUCUGCAGGAGUCAGCAUCAAAGGAGGCUUAUUAUCUGGGGAAGAUCUUGGAGAUGCAGAAUGAGCUGAAACAGAGCCGGGCUGUGGUCACUAAUGUACAGGCAGAAAAUGAGAGGCUCACUGCCGUCGUGCAGGAUCUGAAGGAGAACAAUGAGAUGGUGGAGCUACAGAGAAUACGGAUGAAGGAUGAAAUCCGAGAAUAUAAGUUCCGAGAGGCACGGCUCCUUCAGGACUAUACUGAAUUGGAAGAAGAAAAUAUCACGUUGCAGAAACUAGUGUCCACGUUGAAGCAGAACCAGGUUGAAUACGAAGGCUUAAAGCAUGAGAUUAAGCGAUUUGAGGAGGAGACGGUACUGCUGAACAGCCAGCUGGAAGAUGCCAUCCGAUUGAAAGAGAUUGCUGAGCACCAACUAGAAGAAGCCCUCGAGACUUUAAAAAAUGAAAGAGAGCAAAAGAACAACCUGCGGAAGGAGCUCUCCCAGUAUAUCAGCCUCAAUGAUAACCAUAUCAGCAUCUCAGUAGAUGGACUCAAAUUUGCCGAGGAUGGGAGUGAACCAAACAAUGAUGACAAAAUGAACGGUCAUAUCCAUGGGCCUCUUGUGAAACUGAAUGGAGACUAUCGGACUCCCACCUUAAGGAAAGGAGAGUCUCUGAACCCUGUCUCUGACUUAUUUAGUGAGCUGAACAUUUCAGAAAUACAGAAAUUGAAGCAGCAGCUUAUGCAGGUAGAGCGGGAAAAGGCCAUUCUUUUGGCCAACCUACAGGAGUCACAGACACAGCUGGAACACACCAAGGGGGCACUGACGGAGCAGCAUGAGCGCGUGCACCGGCUCACAGAGCACGUCAAUGCCAUGAGGGGCCUGCAAAGCAGCAAGGAGCUCAAGGCCGAGCUGGACGGGGAGAAGGGCCGGGACUCAGGGGAGGAGGCCCAUGACUAUGAGGUGGACAUCAAUGGCUUAGAGAUCCUUGAAUGUAAAUAUAGGGUGGCAGUAACUGAGGUGAUUGAUCUGAAAGCUGAAAUUAAGGCCUUAAAGGAGAAAUAUAAUAAAUCUGUAGAAAACUACACUGAUGAGAAGGCCAAAUAUGAGAGUAAAAUCCAGAUGUAUGAUGAGCAGGUGACAAGCCUUGAGAAGACCACCAAGGAGAGUGGUGAGAAGAUGGCCCACAUGGAGAAGGAGUUGCAAAAGAUGACCAGCAUAGCCAACGAAAAUCACAAUACUCUUAAUACGGCCCAGGAUGAGUUAGUGACAUUCAGUGAGGAGUUAGCUCAGCUUUACCACCAUGUGUGUCUGUGUAAUAAUGAAACUCCCAACAGGGUCAUGCUGGAUUACUAUAGGCAGAGCAGAGUCACCCGCAGUGGCAGCCUGAAAGGGCCUGAUGAUCCCAGAGGACUUUUGUCCCCACGAUUAGCCAGGCGGGGUGUGUCAUCCCCGGUAGAAACAAGGACCUCAUCUGAACCAGUUGCAAAAGAAAGCACAGAGGCCAGCAAAGAACCAAGUCCAACUAAGACCCCCACAAUCUCUCCUGUUAUUACUGCCCCACCGUCGUCUCCAGUGUUGGAUACAAGUGACAUCCGCAAAGAGCCAAUGAAUAUCUACAACCUUAAUGCCAUAAUCCGGGACCAAAUCAAGCAUCUGCAGAAAGCUGUGGACCGGUCCUUGCAACUGUCUCGUCAAAGAGCAGCGGCUCGGGAGCUAGCCCCCAUGAUUGACAAAGACAAGGAAGCCUUAAUGGAAGAGAUCCUCAAGCUAAAGUCCCUGCUGAGCACCAAACGGGAGCAGAUCGCCACAUUGAGGGCGGUGUUGAAAGCCAACAAGCAGACAGCUGAGGUGGCGCUAGCUAAUCUCAAGAACAAAUAUGAAAAUGAAAAAGCAAUGGUGACUGAAACCAUGACGAAGCUUAGAAAUGAACUGAAGGCUUUGAAAGAAGAUGCUGCAACCUUCUCCUCCCUGAGAGCAAUGUUUGCAACAAGAUGUGAUGAAUAUGUCACCCAGUUGGAUGAGAUGCAGAGACAGUUAGCAGCUGCAGAGGAUGAGAAGAAGACUCUAAACACUUUGUUACGAAUGGCAAUCCAGCAAAAACUCGCCCUGACCCAGAGGCUGGAGGACUUAGAGUUUGACCAUGAGCAGUCCCGACGCAGCAAAGGCAAACUUGGAAAGAGCAAGAUCGGCAGCCCUAAAGUAAGUGGGGAGGCAUCAGUCACCGUGCCCACCAUAGACACUUACCUCCUGCAUAGUCAGGGCCCACAGACACCCAACAUUCGGGUCAGCAGUGGCACUCAGAGGAAAAGACAAUUUUCACCUUCCCUUUGUGAUCAGAGCCGUCCCAGGACUUCAGGGGCUUCCUACCUACAGAAUUUAUUAAGAGUUCCCCCUGAUCCCACCUCCACAGAAUCAUUUCUUCUGAAGGGCCCCCCCUCCAUGAGUGAAUUCAUCCAAGGGCACCGGCUCAGCAAGGAAAAAAGGUUAACCGUGGCUCCACCAGAUUGUCAGCAGCCUGCUGCCUCCGUACCGCCACAGUGCUCACAACUAGCCGGGAGGCAAGACUGCCCGACUGUCAGUCCUGACACAGCUCUCCCCGAGGAGCAGCCACAUUCCAGCUCCCAGUGCGCCCCUCUCCACUGUCUCUCCAAGCCUCCUCACCCCUAGUCUUCAUCUCCUGUGGACGAACAUCUGGGGUGGAAGUUUUGUAGCCACACACAGGAUACUGCCCAAGAUCCAGCGGGUGUUUUCUUCUCAGUUGUUAGAUGUACAAUUGAAUUAAUGUCCAUCAUUUUGGAAGACGAGAGAAAGUUGAGAAGAACACGAAGCACAGCCCCUGAUGUGAUAAAACAUUUUGUGGUUUCUCUGAGUCACAGAUAAACUUCUGCCAUCAAAUGGCUACAGUUCAUUUAAGUUUAAAAAAAA